GUAUCCAGCCCGCUGUGUGUAUAACGGAGCUCGCCGAGCGCCAUGUACCGGAGCCGGGGCACACAGCGAGCCGCCGCGCUGACUCCCACCUCGUGUGGCUAGGCUCCGCUGCCGGGAUGUCAGGCUCCGCGCUGCAGCGCCUCGCUUCCCAUGGCCGGCAGGCGCUGAGCCGCUGGCUGCGGGGCCGGGAGCCGGCGGAGGGCGAGGCGGAGCCGGAGGGCCGGUGCCCCGGGGGUUGCUGGUGCCGGAGUGCGGUGCUGGUGUGCGCGCUGAGCGCGGGGUGCUGCGCCUGGCUGGCCCUGGGCCGGCACUACCUGCAGGACGUGCUACUGUGGGUGGAGAGCCUGGACAGCCUGCUCGGGGUGCUGCUCUUCAUCGUGGGCUUCAUCCUGGUCUCCCUGCCCUGCGUGUGGGGCUACAUCGUGCUCAACGUGGCCGCCGGAUACCUGUACGGCCUGGUGCUGGGCAUCGGGCUGGUCAUGGUCGGCGUGCUCAUCGGCACCUUCAUCGCCCACCUGCUGUGCAAGAGGCUGCUCACCCACUGGGUGCUGGCCAAGGUGGGGGGCAGCCAGAGACUGGGGGCGGUCAUCCGGGUGGUGGAGGGGGGCAGCGGGCUCAAAGUGGUGGCUCUGGCCAGGCUCACCCCCAUCCCCUUCGGCCUCCAGAAUGCUGUGUUCUCGAUUACAGACCUAUCAUUACCCAACUAUCUUGCUGCUUCCUCUGUGGGCCUGUUUCCUACUCAGCUGCUUAAUUCCUAUUUGGGAACAACAUUGCGUACAAUGGAGGAUGUCAUUGCUGAACAAAGUGUUAGUGGAUAUUUCAUUUUCAGCUUGCAGAUUGUUAUAAGCAUAGCUCUUAUGUUUUAUGUUGUCCAUCGAGCUCAAGUGGAGCUGAAUGCAGCCAUUAUAGCUUGUGAAAUGGAACUGAAGACAUCUCUUAAAGGCAGCCAGCUCAAUGGCAACGGACCAGCAUUCUGCAACAAAAGGACAUUGCUGUCUUCUGGAGGAAUCAAUAUUGUAUGAUUGUUAAACAUUUAGGUUGUUCUAAGCCUUUUAUUAUAAUUUAAUUCAUUUUUUUUUUUUUUAUAAAAUUGCCAACAUCAUGGUUUCUAAAGAUCACCAUUCCUGUUCCUGGAUGGGAGUGCAUGUUAUUCCCAAAAACAUUUCCAGAGAACUUGUACACAUUUUCCAUUGAUGAAAACAUCUCAGCAAGUUGGAAGCAUUUCUGCAACUUUAUCUUAUGUGUUCUAAGACCGAUGCAUAGUACUUUCCUGUGUCGUUCUAAAAUGAAUUGUUUCUGGGCCUCUUUAUUUAUUACUGCAUAUACUUAUGUAUAUAAUUUUUAAGGUGUUCCUGUGUUGUGAUUCUUUUUUUUUUUUUUUUUGUAUUGUUAGUGAUACCUAGACAGUGUUUUUUUUUGUAUAACCACAGGACCAUUUUCUUCUAAGGGAGACAAUUUAAACUUAAACCCAGACUAGUGGGACAAAGUGCUCUUAAACCAGAUUGUUUUUGUUUAAACUGUGCUAUCGGAGAUGAUAAUCUGGAGUUGAUAGAUUUCUGUAUGUUAAAGCCAUGUCUGCUGGUUGUGCAUUGGGUGUAGACCAGUGAUGAUAUUUUAUGGUUUCAUUGUUUGGUAAACUUAGUGAUUAGGCAAGCCUGAAGCGCCUUCUCCAAAAUUGAUAGUUCUGUCCUAUUGUUAAUAAGCCCCCGAUUUUCAAGGUAAUAUUACCACAAAAAAAUUGCAGGUGAUCACUUCAAGCAAGUAAUAACGUCUAUAUACUGUGCUAGUAAUA